AAAGUGAAAUGCUGGCUCAGAGAUUUCACCAAACAAUUUUCAAGUGCAGAAUAACAACGGCAACAACAACCACAAAAAGAAAAGAACACGACAAGUGUUGAGUGUGAACGGAUGUUGGCUGCUUCGAUACUUGUUUUUUGUUGUUGUUGUGAGUUAAAGCAACUCUUUCUCCACUCCUAAAAUAGCAUCUCCAAUUCACUGCACGGAUCUUCUGCUGGCUGCGGCCAACAAGCCUACAAUAAUAGCAAAAAAAAAAAACAGCAACAUCUUCAACAACUUCUACUUUGGCUUUUAAUCAAUUUCACCCAUCAAAUAGUCUGGGGAGUGACACCCUCUCUCCACAUCUCCCUGGCGGAAAGUGAUCAUCGAGUGGGGAAGCAAUCAAACGCACUCUCGCACAUACCACAACAAUCUCGACAGGUCUCCUCUACAUUGCUGCCAAGAAAUUUGUGGGUUGAACAACCCUAAAACCUGUGGCUGGUGUUGCGUUGUUGGCCCCAACACAACAAAAUGCAGUUGCAACCAGACGACAACAUCGACAUCAACGCAAGAACGUGCCGUGUUUGUUAAUUUGUUGAAUGGAAACGCAGUGCUAGAGCAACAUGUUGGAUACUCAAAUAAGAAGUUGCGAGGACAAUGCCAAAAUGGCCAAUCCCAUGCCAAUGGAAAUUUUGGCCAAUGAGAAAAUCGGCGAAGAAGAAGAAACAGGGAAGUUACAACAAAAAGCGAGAAAAUCGAAAAAUAUUUUAAAUUGGUUAAAAAAUAGUACAACAACAACAACAACAAAUUCAAAUGCAACAAAUUUAAUUACGAACCACCCACAUAAUUCGCAUGAUAGCUUGGAGAUUAAUUCAUGUCAACCAAGUGAUCAAAGUACAGAAAAUCAUACAACACACCAAGAGACUGCAACGUGUUUGGCCCACACCGGCGAGCCACAACCCCAACCCCCCACAUUGAUUGCCACAACACACCAAAACGGCAAUAUCAGCAACGACGUUACAUUGUUACGUGAAUUUCGUGGCGUUCAGACGUUACGCCAUCUGUGGAAUAAACGCAUCACUGCCAACAAGGAAUCAGCGGCGCGGGCCAAAAUUUACAAGCAGCAACAACAACAACAGCAACACAAACAAAAACAAUUUACCAAAUCCCAAAGUUGUUUGCUCUCUUCGGGGAGCAGGCGAGAAGACGGAGAGGGAGAGGAAUCACCACAACCUCUCCACUUUGAGUUGGGCUUCCAAGCAGCGCCACCUCUUCGAGCCAAGAGUCUGCAUGACUGUUCCGGGGAUUUUGAGACGGAUCAGGACCCCUUGGAUCUAACCGUUUUGGAGCUGGAAAAACAUUUGGAAAAGGAUAAUUUCUAUAAAUACAAAACUGCCGAACAGGCUACCAAGCUAAGGGAGCUAAGUGAGCAACACUCAUCGGCAAGACGUUUCAGCGCCGGACUCUUGUUUAGCGAACGUUUUCAGUGGCUUAAGAAACCGGAUAUUUUUACAAAACGCCGGGCCUCUGAGGUGAGAAGUAAUCUGGCCUCAGAAGAGCGUAGCUGCAAAGAGAAUUUUUACUCUCCCUUCCAGGAGAGAAGUGGCAAAGAGAACUGUUACUCUCACGAAGGGGAUUCGCUGCUGGACAUUGUCAUAAAUGAUUUUGAGCCAACAACAAUGCUAGGGGAUAGCAUGCCAGCGGCUCGGUGCCAAAAUCACACCUCCACGACCACCAGCAACAGCAACAGCACACCCAUGACAUCGCCACAUCGCCUACGGCCAGAUUCACUGCACUCCAGCGAUAGCUUGGCCAGUCAUAAUUCAUCCAGCACAACCACUGGACGCAGCAGUGGAGUGGUACGGAAAAAUUCCUCCACUCGGAAAUAUAGCUUUAAGACCCAUCAGCGUUCGUAUCAUGUGAGGCGUAAAAUGCACAGCGGCAAUCACAACAAGGAGCACCAUGGCUCCUCCUCCUCCUCUUCGUCCUCCUCCACGAUCAGUUUGGUGGCCCAGCUAACGCAACAGUUCAAUGAGCGGAUCCAACAGGACAGCAGUAUACUGGAACAGGUUAAACGCAAAAAUGGCAUAUUGAUGACCCACAAGGGUCAUGUCUUCAAGGUGGUGGAGGUGGACACUCAUGCUCCGGUGGGUAGGACCCUAUCAUCGCAUUCCAAACUAUCGGCAAGUCUGAGUAAUUCUUCGGUUUCAGCGGUCCAAAGGACCAUAAAGAAAUUUGAAAAUGCCUCUAGGACGUCGGCGAAACCCAAAGUGCCUCAGAAAAGUUCUCGCGUUUUGGAGAAGAGCAAGGAGUUGAUAUAUGGCAAAGUUGGAAACACCACAAAGAAAGAGAAAGAGAAGGCAGCAAUGGAGGUGGUCAAGAAAUCGAAACAGCCCCCAAAUACGUUGGCCUUGCCGAAAUCUCUGGAAAUGGUAAAGGAGGAAACCAAAACCCCCCUGGAAUUGGAAAUGGAAAUGGAGAGGAGAAUGGCCGCAGAGAAAGCAGCAUUGAUGCAGGGGGAAAGGGGUGACCACAAUUGCCAAGAUGGAACCGGGCAGGGCCUUAAAGGAUAUGGCAAUGGGGAAGGAGAAAAAGGAGAUUCUCGUGAUAAAGCAGAGAGGGAGUUGCUGGAUUCUCCUAGAGGAAGAAGCAAGGAUAUCAAGCUAGAGAACGGGGAAACCAGAAAUUCCCCUGAAAGGGAAGACAAGGAUCUCAGGAAAUGUCAAGAGCAGAGGGACACAACCGAUUGCCAGGGACAGGGGGAUUCGAAGGAAAAUCUUGAAAUUAGGGGACAACCAAUGUCUUCGGAGCCUGGGAUCGCUGGAAACCGAAAUGAAAAUAAAUCCUUCAAAAUUAGUCCUUUGAAAGGAUGGACAAAAUCCGAAAAUCACACAACUUCCCAAGAAUCCCCCUCUCGGGAAAAUGUAGAAUCCACUGAAAUACCCAUGAAAUUGGGAUCCCAAAACUCGGAGCUUUAUAGCAAAGUAAGACACAAAUCGUCAUUUGUCAAGGACUCCUCAGAAUCGAAGAUGUUUUCCGAAACAGAAAUUCACCAAAACCGCCCAACUUCCCCAGAAUCCCCAAGGGAGGAUAAUGAAUAUUCGCACAGGAUAUUGGAAUUCAAAAACUCAGAGCUUUAUGGCAAAUCGUACUUUGCCAAGGAUACCCUACAAACUCAAGACGCAAAGGCACCCCAGGUCUCUGGUUGUGAAAAUUCCCAACAUUCUGGCCAAAAAGAAUCCAAAAAUGAUCAAAAUCUCCCCACUCCUCCAGAAUCUCCCAGCGAAGAUAAUGGAAAAUCCCCUCCCAUACCGAAAAAUUUGGAAUUCCAAAAUUCGAGUCUAUAUCGGGCAGUAGGGAAGCAAUUAUGCUUCAGCAAGGAUGCUGAAGUGGCUCAGGAGCAAAGGACAUCUCCGACACGACAAGACGAUACAAACGAAUUGUCUGAAGAGUCUCCAUUAAAAGAAAAUCCCAAAAAUUCUACAAAUACAGAUUCUGAAAGCGAUCCUAACAACUCCCCUAAACCUGCCACCAUUCACAUGAAUCAAGAAUUCACCCCCCAAAUAUCCAAAAAAUUGGAAUUCCAAACCUCGGAACUGUAUCCCAAAGUGCGCCGUCAAAGUUCCUUUGCCAAGGAGGAGAAGCAACGGGACAUUAUCAUUUACAUUAAACAGGAUUUCAACAAGGCACCGCCUGACACGGAGACCUCCGCCCUCCCAGAGGAUUCGAAAACCAAAGAGAAAAUCUCAAAGAAAAUGGAAAAUCCGAAAAAUGAAAAUGAAAAAAAGACCAAAGUCACACGUCGGCCCACCACAUUCUAUCAGGAUGCCCAUAUUAGCAAGAAACCCCUACAGGAUAACAGACGAGACAUCCUAAUUUACAUAAAGCCAGGCGAACAAAAUUCCGACGAACUGGCGAAGCAAACAGCACUGGGUCGUAAUGCUAGUUUCAAUUCGACCGAGCCCAAGAGGCUUAUAAAACGAGCAAAUCUUUCUAAAGAGGAAUUUGAAUUGGCCCAGGAGGUAAAGGAAAAAUUGAGCAAUCUACCCAGAUUUGCGAACAAUAAGUCAAUAGAGGAGGCCACUCCCGGUGGGGGCAAAACUGCAGAAAAUUCGGUGCAACAAAGGAAAUUGAAAACUUCCCAGUCGGUGUUUUAUGAAACCCUCACGACGCCGGGGCCCAAGAGCCCAAUUGCAGAGCAGCCGGAAGAAGGCAAAAAAUCCAAGCACAAACAUUCAACAUUUUAUGAAAAACUGAAAAUUUUCACCAGAAAAGCAAACCACAACAAAACCAACUCCACUCCCACCUCCCCAAAAGCAGAAGAGGAAACCAAAACCUUAGAUUCUGGCACUGCCAACGAACAACCCCAACCCCAAAGCCCCACGGCCUUGAAUUACACACCCAUGAGUUCACCAAGGCCCAAACAAAAAAUGAUCACCCAGGUGGUGGAGGAGGUGACCUAUUCGCAAAUGUAUGUCCCUCAAUCAUCGGGCCUGCUGGAUGCCCUACAACAAGUUGAGGAAAAAAUUUGCAGCCUAAGUAAAACCGAAGGACAGACUAAAGAACAGCAAGAAGGGGAAACUCUAAGCGAACCCCCUACGGGAAGCGAUGAUUUUGGCCAACCCCUCAAACCGAACACCUCUUUUCUCCAUCAAACCUACAGCAAGGUGUUGACCAAGCCCGGAGGUCAAAUUAUUCAGGCCGUCAAUGUUUCACUAGUCAAUGCCAUUGAGGGCGAACAGAUGGAGCUAAUGGAACAAAAGGAGAUACAGCAAAGUCAAAUGGCAGAAAAGGAUGAAAAUUCUCCACCAGAGGAAAAACUGUCUUCCCCAGAACCGCUCUAUGAGCCCAUAGAGGCCUCAACACCCACACCACGGCACCAGGAAGAGGAUAUCUACCAAACUGUGGAGGAGUUACAAAAAGAAAUUGAAAACUAUACUGAAACCUCUAAAACCACCUCCUCCCACCUGGAAACCCUAUCCAAACCCCUUCCACCAGAUGCCGAGGAAAUCUAUCAAACUGUCGAGGAGCUACAAAGGGAAGUAGAAACCACAAAUGAAACAAUUGGCGCCCAAACACCUGCCAAGGAAACAAAUGCCAAACCUGAACUUUUGGAUGACUAUGAAGUCAUUGGAGAUCCUAAUUUAAUAACCACCCCCACAGAAACUCCCCCUAAAAUCCCGGCCGAUUUUGAUGGUUAUGAGGAAUAUGCCCCCUCAGUAGAACCAACAGCGGCCACAACUUGCAAUACCAUGAGGAAGACAACAGAUGAAUUGCCUGACCUACCAGAGCCAAAGAGAAAAAUAAAUAAACCAGCACCAAACCUCCCCUUGCAGCCACACAUUUGCACAAAACUGCCACCCAUACCCACGGAGAUCUAUGCCCCCAGCAGCAACAACAAUAUUACUCUGGCCGAUGACUCUCAUCACUAUUAUGCCGAUGAGGAAGAGAAUAUCUACGACACCAUUAAGGGUUCCGAUUGUUAUGAGUCCAUACAACCCCAUAACAACAACAACAACAACGCCGCCCCCUGCAACAACCUCACAAAAUCCUCCUCCAAUUCCUCGACAACCAAAAAUUCCGACACUCAAUCCAUAUCGAAUUGUUAUGAGAGCAUCUCACAUUUCAAACCCCCACGGCCCAUUAGCAUCAGCCAACACAGUGGCAGCAGUCGUGGUUCGACCCUAACCAUUUCAUCGGAACACAAGACGAAUAGUCUCUAUGAAGAUGGUUCCAUUGGUAUCAUAGGCAUGACUUCGUCUUCUUCGUCGUCGUUGCGCUACAGUUCCCAGCGCCUAUAUCGUUCCCAGCAUCACAGGGAAGAAGAUGGUGGUGGGGCGACGGGGGCCAAUGAUAGUGCAGGCAGCAGUAAUUACAACUCAUCGAUGGGUCGAGCCAGUGAUGUCAGCGAAGAGUGGAUGGAUAUCAGCGAUAAUGAGGAGAACGAUGAGACGAAUUGGAAGCCCAAACCGAAGUAUCAAAUUGUCUGCGAGAAGGCCCACAAAAGUCCCAGCUGGUCAAGGCGUGUGCGCGAGAAACGUCUGCAUCAUCAACGCAAAUCGAGGAGUUACAUCGAAGAUGAUGAUCCCGAUCAUUAUUACGAACAACUCUCACCGGGCGACCUGCUCAACAAACGUCAUUCGCUGGCACUGCAAGAACGUGGCGGUAGUCUGCAACGCAAUCAAAAUAUGGUCCGAAUAUCGAAACGUGGCAAACCCAUAUCCUAUUCAGCCCAUGCGCUGGGCCAAGAAAUUUCCGAUGAUUCCUUCGACUCGGAUACCGAUGACUAUUACGAGGGAGAACUGCAGCAUACCCACAAUGAUAGUGGGGUCGAUAUACGAACAUCGAAGCUGCCCGAUCCUCCGGUGUCCUCCAAUCAAAAGUACUCCAUUGUAAAGAAAUUCAGAAAUUUCCUGGCCAAAAAAUCUCCCAACUCGUCCAAACAUGGUGGCAGUCAGCAGAAGAUCGAUGAUAAUGCUUCCCAAUUCUAUGUGAAUGGGAACUUUCAUACGAGCAAUGGUGGUGGUGGUGGUGGUAGUGGCAGUGGAGAUUCAUCAGCCAAAUCCAUGUCCCUGCAGGCACCACAAACCAAAGAGUUAAGUACUUCGGAGAAGAACUUGAUUUUGGCCCAAAGCAAUAUUACCAAAGCGGAGCAGCUGAACACCUCGACGACACCGCGCAAACCCAAGACAGGCAAAAGUCUUAGGCAUCGAAUACGCAAGAGCUUGGUGGGCUUUGACAAACAACAAUUGGCCACCCUUACACCCACCCGCAGUACCUUCUAUGUCGAAGAUCCUGUGCAAAUUGAAGAUGUAAACGGGCAAAUGGAUUCGGGAUUUUCGGAAAAGGUAGCCGUCCCCAGCAAUGAGGUGAUGGAAAAUACCACAAACACCACAAAUGAUACUCACAAAUAUUUAACUGCCCGCAAGGCCAAGAAGGAAGGCAAGUUAUCGGCCAAUGCCCAGAGGAGAAGGACCUCGAUAGGCAUACGGCCAAUUGAACCGCCACCACCGCCUCCCGAUGGCAAUGGUAAUAUGAAGCGGCAAAGCACCACCUCUUGGUAUGCCGAGUGUGGGGUCUUUAAAAACGGCACCACAAAUCUUGUGGGUAACGACAGCCAAUUGCUGAAUGGCGAGACGGACAAUGGCAACGGUGGUGGUGGCGGCGGUACAUCGUGGUACGAAGAAGCUGGUCUCUAUCAGACCAGUGGCAUAUCGGUGGCUAGUUCCAGCGGCAGUUCGGGUGUCUCCACCAGCAAUGAAGCCAAUCCGGGCGAUGAUAUGUCCCACAGUUUAUUUAGCAAUGAACCUCUGUAUCAGAUAUAUAGUGCCGCCAAAUUGGAGGCAAUUUCACGGGAUAUGCAGGAUAAUAGUUCAACGGAUGGUUACGAAGAGAUUGGUGAACGGCGAAAGAAUGCUGCCAAUGAGGCGGAGAAAAGUCGCAAAACAUCACGACCGACAGCGUUACAAUUGAUCGAACCGAAAAGUGGUCCGGAGCGGACACUGUGGAGUCAAAUACCGGAGGUGGUCAACUCGAUGAUAUUGCCCACCCUAACACCCCGUGAAAGAGCCCUAAUGGAAGCCAAAUUUGAGAUUAUCACCUCGGAAGCAAGCUAUUUGAAGUCGUUGAAUCUCUUGCGCAAUCACUACAUGAAUCAUCCGGUAUUCCGCGAUCAAAAUCUGGUCAACUCACGUGAUCGCAAGGCCCUCUUUGCCCACAUUGUACCCGUACACGAGUGUUCGGAACGUUUACUCUCCGAACUGGAAUCCUGCUGGCAGGAUAAUAUAAUGCUUAUUGGGCUCAGUAAACGUAUAUAUGCCAUUGCCGAAAAGCAUUUCCAUGUCUAUAUAGGAUUCUGUGAGAAUCAGGGACGUAUGGAUCGCACCCUGAAACGGCUGCGAGCCAACAAGGGUCUGUUUGCCCAAAAUCUGGAAUUACUCGAAUCAAGUCCAUUGUGUUGUGGUCUGAAUCUCCAUUCGUUUUUAAUGUUGCCCAUGCAGAGAAUCACCCGCUUGCCAUUGCUCAUCGAUGCCGUGUUCAGUAAAUGUCAUCCGAACGAUGAUGAAUAUGAAAAUUGGAAAAUGUGUCUGGCCAUCAUGAAUAAGAUCGUGACCCAAUGCAAUGAGGCGGCCACCAAAAGUGAUCAGGCCUAUGAGAUUGAGAAAAUCUCAAGGCAAUUGGAAUUUAAUCCAUCCGUCAUACGACCGCUAGCCAUAGCCCCAGCGGGGGUGCUGGCUCCCGGCACAAAGCCACGAUAUUUGGUAAAGAAAGGAGAAUUUACCCAUCUCAUAUGGCGCGGUGAUGAUGCCAAGCUAACGUUUGGCAAGAAAUUCACCAAGACCACCAUCUACGCCUUUCUCUUCUCCGAUCUGUUGGUGUUGACAAAACGCAAAGGUGAGGAACAGUUUUCGGUCUUUGACUAUUGUCCACGCAAUAUGUUGACAAUAACCUCAGGAGAUUCACUGCCACAAGUUCCGACCAAAGAUUUGAAUAGUCAGACUAGCAAAAAUCUCAUUCUGAUGACACUGCUAGAGAAUCAUCAGAGGAAAACCAAUGAAUUGCUUUUGUCAUGUCCCUCAGUAUCCGAGCAGGAGAGAUGGUUACAGGCCAUGCGCCCCCCCGAGUCUGAGACUCCGGGAGAAAAACUCUAUGAACAGUGGGAUUGCCCACAAGUCAUUGCGAAGCAUGCCUAUGAAAGCAAUGAACCCGAUGGCCUCAAUUUGGAAAUUGGAGAUGUGGUCAAUGUGACAAGAAAACUGCCGGAUGGUUGGUACCAAGGCGAACGCAUACGUGAUGGUGCCGUUGGCUGGUUCCCCGGCGACUAUACGGAAGAGGUCAAUUCUGCCCAUGUUCGUGCCCGCAAUCUCAAGCUGAGACAUCGUCUGCUAACAUUUACCGCCACCUAUUUAGAAUCACAAAAACGCAAUAAAUGAUCCAAAAGGAAAACCAGUUUAUGGUCGACAAAGAACAAUUUAAGGGACUUAAAAACUCCCUCACACAAUACGUAGUAAUAGUUCAGCCUUAUAAUCAUUAUUUUAGUCUCAAAAGAAAAGCAAUAUAAGAAAAAUUUAUUUCUAUUUUUAAUAUUAUUAUGUAUGAAAAAACUAUUGUAAUAACUCCCCUUUAUUUGUAUGUAUUUAUUAAACAUGUGAUAUCCAAUUAAUAUAAAAAAGUAAUUGUUUUUCGAAGAAAAAAAAGGAAAUUGUUAAUUACCACACAUUAUUUGUUUUAAUUUGUUUAAGGUUAUGUUCGUUUUAUUUGUAUUUGUUUCUUUUAUAUGCAACAAUUUAGUCAAAUAGUUUUAUACGAAAAUUAUAGUAAUAAUAAUAAUAGAAAUUAUAUAUAUUUUUAUAGUACAUAUACAUGCAUGUAUUCCCUAGACUUUCAAUAUUUUAAGAUGUGAAUAUAUAAGAGAUUUUAUUAUAACGAUAAGUUUUGUAUAGUAGUAGCUUUGUGUUAGUUUUAAUCGAGUAAAUAAAUACCAAUGCGUGUAUACAAAAUAUAUCAAUUUACAAAAAUAUUUUAAUAAAAUUUAAUACGAAAUGUA